AUGUCGCUCAAAGCGGAAUUGGAGACAUGGUGUUCCGCGCUGGAAGCAUACGAUGCGGGCAGAUAUCAGGAGGCUCUAGACAUCUUCGGCACCAUCGCGGAGACAUCGAGGAUAUUUAUGAACAUGGGCCUAAUACAUGCCACGGUCGGCGAUCAUGACGCCGCUGUUCGUUGCUUCGUUGAGGCGACGAGGGCGGACAAGUACCUUGCGAUAGCUUAUUUCCAGGCCGGGGUCUCGAAUUUCCUUCUUGGCCAGUGGGAGGACGCCAUCAAAGAUUUCGAUGAAUCCUACCUCUACCUCAGGGGGAACAACACGAUCUUCUAUGAACAGCUUGGUCUGAACUUCAAGCUUUACAGUGCAGAAGUUCUGUUCAACAGGGGGUUGACCAUGAUCUAUAUGGGACGUGUGGAGGAGGGCAUGCGAGAUUUAGAAGAAGCAUAUCGAGCGAAGGUGACCAGUGAGCACGACGUCAUCAACGAAGCCAUUCGCGAUCGCGGAUCAGGCUACACCGUAUUCUCCAUGCCUGUCGGUGUCCUCUUCCGACCACCGGAGAAGAAGGUACGGAACACCGCAGCGAAGGAUUAUCUAGGAAGAGCGAAACUCAUCGCCUCUGACGACUCGCUCGACACGAGCGUGGAGUUCUCCGGCGUCUCGUUAUUGAAGAAGGGUAUAUCACCGAGCAGAGUCUGGAUCCAACAAGAAGUCAUCACCGACGGCGCCGCUGGUCUGGGGAGGAGUCGAAGUACUGGUGCUGACCAACCGAAACCGCGGGAGACUACACCUAUCAGUCCGCUCGCACGUUCAAAUACGGCUCUCGGUCUGGGCACUCAGAGCAACCGCCCACCGCUGCAACCUCUUCGACAAGGUUCGUUGCGAAGGCCAUACGCCGCGCCUUCUGGAGAUAUGCCGCCCAUUCCGGUGGAUGACUCGACAUCUCCCGCCCGAGCUUCGCCAAACCCGAUCGCAACCGAGAGGAAGUCGUUCAGCUACUACGAGGACGUCGUCGGCGCGUACGAGGAUAAGCCCGCGGCUCCUUCGCCGAUAAAGGAGACUCCCAGAUCGCUGAUCGACUCGUGGAGAAUGGAUGGGCCGCCCCGCACCAGGGUUGCGCGCACCGGUGGCCCGCCGCCUAGCAGCUACUACCCGCCGAGUAUCGGAGGGGCCUCACUCGCGCGCAAGAUGUCGCAGCGCACCGCCUUGAUGCCGUCCGCGGGCUCGUUCCGCGCUGGUAGUGACUACGGCUCGGACGAGGGUCCGUUCGAGCUCGUCAAGAUCCGCGUCAAGAUGCACUAUCAAGACGAUCUGCGCGGAAUGACGCUCACCCCGGAAACGCCGUACGAAGAAUUCGUCGACCGCGUCGCCAAGAAGUUCGAUGUGUCAUCCUUGACAUUGUCGCUGAAGUUCAAGGACGAAGACGGAAGCAUAGUGUCCCUCCUCGAUUCAUCAGAUUACGAGCUCGCCAUUGAGACCGCCAGGGAGCACGCGAACGGAAGGCCGGAGGGUAAGCUGGAGGUGUGGUGCGACUAA